CUCGUAAAUAGGUCUCAGCUUGCGCUCGAUCCUCCUCGUAAUUAAAUACCCGCAACGACAGGAACUGCUUGUCGUACAGUUAUGAACCAAGAGUGGUCAGAGAGAUGCCUGGCAUGGCGAGAGACACACCAAAACAAAAAAGGCGGGGCUGCCCACUUGUCUCAUGCAACUCGAGAAACGCGGAGAGAGCCGACGAUGCGCCGCUGGGCCGCGCUCGCCCUGCUCCUCGGCGCCACGGGCGCGACGCUAGCGACCAUCGCGGUGGUCGUGUUCCAGCUGGCCGACGACGGGGGCGCCUUGGUCGCGGAGGCGGGCCGGCCGUCGGCGCGGCGCUGCCGCCUGACGAAACUCAAACUCCAGACGCGCCUGGGCGCGCGGCACAGCCGGCUCCGGAGCCCCCUGCGGCGCGAGGGCCCGGGCCUCGUGUUGCUCGGCGCCGCGGGCGGCCGCCGCGCCGCGGCGCGCGCCGCGCUCGCGUACGCGCUGGCCCAGACCCAAAUUGAUGGGGCGGACGCGCGCCUCCCGUGCUGCGCGGACCCCGAGUGGGACUUUCGCAAGAGGCCCGUGCGGCAGGCCCUGCGGGGCGGGCGCUGGCCGCGAGAAGCAUGGCUCGCGCCCGGCGCGUACCACCCUUUUUUAACGGCGAUGGUGCCCGCGGCCUUCGGUCAGUUCGUUGUGCACGUGCGGGACCCCAUGGACUUGCUCGUGGGGGCCUGGGCGCCGCGGCCGCUCCGCGCGCUGCUGCGCGUCGCGGAGAACGCCUCCGCCGCGACGCACGCCGCGACGCAGCGGGCGGUCGCGCCGCUCCGCCUCUCGCGCCAGGCGCGCGCCGUCGUGGGGCUGGCGGCGCCCGCCGACCCGUGCUUCGCCACGUACUUCGAGAGCCGCCUCGACGCGCUCGCGACCGGGCGCUGGCGCCGCCGCGGCGUCUGACUCAAACGCGGCGACGGCGGCGAGCGGUCGCGCGUCCGCGCAGGCUGCCGUUCGUCGCGGAGCGGCCCGACGAGUCGCUCGCGCUCCUCGCCGCGGCCUACGGCUGGGACGCGGACCGGCUGCUGCCGCUCGCGACGGCGCCGCGGCCCGCCACCCUGUCCGCGGCGGACCGAGCAACGCUCCGUCACGUGGAGCCCUACGACGCCGUGCUGCACGGCACGGCGGAGAACGCGCUGAACGCCUGGGUCGCGCGGGCCUCGACGUCGCGGGCGGACGUCGCGGCCUGUGUGGAAGUCAACCAGUGUGUCGGGUGCACCCGAUAAACCUUCACUAAGUCAUUUCUCGGCGAUGACGUGGCCGCGCUGGCGCCGUCGAGCGGCGAGGAACCGACAUCGCCACGUCGUCGAGCAGGUGUCGCGUCGAUGGCGUGGAGGGUGACGCGGUGAUUCAGGACAAACGCCCCGUAAAUUUGAUUUCCACACAGGUCGCGGCGCUGCGGCGGCGCAAAGACGCGUGGCGGCGCGGCUGCGCCGGCGAGGCGGCGCGGACCGUGCCGGGCCCGCCGCCUGAUAUUUGUGGGUGGUUCGCGAACGAGGAGACGUGGCGCGCGCCGCGGUGUGUCCCUGACAUGUGGGCCGCCUGGUGCGCGGUGUCCCGGCGACUGCCGUUCGUGGACUAACUUGUGUUAAAUUG